AUGAGGUAUGAGUUUAUAAAUGAGAUGAAGGUUAACGCAUCAGCUAAUGAUAUAUGGGCGGUAUACAGCUCUCCCGAUCUCCCUAAGCUCAUCGUUAGAAUACUUCCUGGUGUUUUCGAAAGGAUUGAUUACGUCGAAGGAAAAGGUGGUGUGGGUACAAUUCUUCAUCUCGUAUAUCCUUCAGGGUCUGUGCCACUAACUUACAAGGAGAAAUUUAUUACUAUCAACAACCGUAGGCGUUUGAAAGAGGUUCUGCAGAUCGAAGGAGGAUACCUAGCCAUGGGUGUCACUUUUCACAUGGACAGUUUUAAAAUCAUAAAGACAGCGUGUAAUUCAUGCAUCAUCAGAUCCAUAACACAAUACGAAGUCCCGGAUAAACUUGCUGCAAAGAUUUCUCCACUCGUUAGUAUUGACAACCAUGUUGGCAUGCCCACAGCCAUUUCAAAGUAUGUCCUUGACGGUAAGAAGAACGGAUACAUAGUUUUGGCUAAUUAA